CUCAUUUAUUUUAUUACUGCCCAUUUCAGACUAUAGAAGAUGAGGAGUGCAGUGUUCUUAAUGUUAAUUUUGGUGGUUUCACCUGGCUCUAUGGCUGAAGGCAAAAGAAGGGCAAGUCGUUCUUAUAGUGAUGAAGUACAAUCAUAUUAUACAUAUUACCUGCCGCAUCGAAGACCAUGUCCAAGGCCUGGCUAUCGAUAUCCUGAUUUGAUGAUACCAUUUUUAAAACUUCUACCCAGUUUUCCUCGUCUACCAUUUUUUCCACAACCACCUUCUCCAGCCCCAGCUCCGGUACCCCCGCCUCCAGCACCUGCUCCUGCUCCUGCUCCUACUCCUGCUCCUACUCCUGCUCCCACUCCUGCUCCUGCUCCUACUCCUGCUCCUACUCCUGCUCCUGCUCCUACUCCUGCUCCUGCUCCCACUCCUGCUCCUACUCCUGCUCCUGCUCCCACUCCUGCUCCUGCUCCCACUCCUGCUCCUGCUCCCACUCCUGCUCCUACUCCUGCUCCUGCUCCCACUCCUGCUCCUGCUCCCACUCCUGCUCCUGCUCCCACUCCUGCUCCUGCUCCCACUCCUGCUCCUACUCCUGCUCCUGCUCCAACUCCUGCUCCCACUCCUGCUCCUGCUCCUGCUCCUACUCCUGCCCCAGGCCCACCAAGAGGGGAUGAAAAGUAGUGCUGUAUACUUACUAGUGUUCUGCGUUUCUGGUUUAUUCUGAAUUUUUUUUUUUUUUAAGUGGAAGUCGGUUUUUACUGAUUUAUACCCGAUUUUUGUCUGUUAUUCAAAAUUAUCCCAGUACUAUUCUCUAGGAAAUACACAACCAUUUGAUUAAAAUGCUGAUUUAUUUUGACUUUGACAUUGUAAUAAGCAGCCCUACACUGUAUCCUAGGACACAGCAGAUGUUUAGAAGUCACAGGAUCAAAUAAUGUUCAACUGUGGUUUUCUGUCCCUUCACAAACACACAAUCACCUGAUUAUGUUGGCCAAUCAAAGUCUGAUUAUGGUGGCAAUUGUUGGGCGAGUAACUACUAGCUUGAUCAAAAACUAAAUUGAAAUAGAAAUCAUCCAAGUGAUGUAAGAUUCUACUAUGCUUGUUUACUGUUAUGUUGUUAAGUCUUUUCCCACCACUCCCUAAUACACCUACUCAAGCACACUGAGACACCUCUUUCAACAUAUAUAACUUGGGGUAUUACAAUUUAAAAAAACUGGUUGAGGAUUAACUCAAGGUUAAUUCAAAUUGAGCAAUCCCUUUGUCACAAACCAGAGAAAUAUUUUAUUAUUAUUAUUAUUUUAUUUUUUAUUAUUAUUGCAACCAAAUAAAUAAUGUGUGUCACUUAAUAUUUAUUUGACGAUUUUUAAAGUUUGUUUGAAAGAUUUCCA